GUCAAUCGCACUCCGCUUCGGCUCCGUAGUCCGAUAUAUACCUGGAGUACCAUCAACUAUUCCGACCCCUUUAUCAACUUCCACGAUAACUACGCAUCAUUUAUAGCCUAAAUUAUAAUAUCGUCAUAGCGGACUGAGAAUCUCCCAAUUCACAAUGGCCUCAGCAUCCGCCACAAACACUCCACUGCCAGAUUUGCGCAUAGGAUGGAUCGGCCUAGGUAGUAUGGGCGGCGCAAUGGCUAAGAACAUCCACAAAUACCUCUUAUCUCAAGGGCGUCAACCAAUACGCUUCUUCAACCGAACAGCUUCACGUGGUGAUGCGCUCGAGGCCAUCGGAGGUAUCCGAUGUAAGGAUGUAACACAAGUCGCCCGCGAAAGCGAUGUGAUUUUCAUAUCUGCUAGCGAUGAUAAAGCCGUAAAGUCAAUAGUAUACCAGAUUCUAGAUUUAGGGGAUGUAGCAGACAAGAUCGUGGUUGAUACUACUACUAUUCAUCCCGAUACUACUAAGGAGCUUGCUGCGAAGCUAAGUAAUAAGGGUGCUGGGUUCGCUGCUACGCCUGUUUUCGGCGCGACGCCGGUGGCGGAGGAAGGGCGGUUGCUAGUUGCGUUUGGAGGUUCGACGGCUGUGUAUGAGAAGGUGGCGCCUUUCCUUAAGGAUGUUAUUGCACGGGAAGUUUUGGUUGUGGGUGAGAAGCCGGAGAAGGCGAGUUUAUUGAAGACUACGGGAAACUUCUUAAUGGCCGGCCUUAUGGAGCUCAUAGCCGAAGGCCACGUCUUCGCCGAGAAAACCGGACUCGGUUCCGCGGCUCUGGAACGGCUUCUAGAACUAAACUUCGGGCCCGUCGCAUACUCCGACUCGGUACGCAUGACGACCGGCGUGUACGCGCCUGGUAGAGACCAAGCGCCGUGGUCGGAUCUCGAUCUAGGGCUCAAAGAUGUUGGGCAUGGAAUUGACUGUGCUGGGCGCACGGGCGUUGAGUUGAAGGUCGCUAAUGUGGCAUUUGAGAAUAUGAAAAGGGCGAAGGAAUAUUCGGACAAGAAUGGUGGGAGGAAGUUAGAUUCGUCGUCGUUGUAUGGCAUUGUAAGAGAGCAGGCGGGUUUGGAUUUUCGAACGGAAGUUGUGCAAAAGAGAGACGAGGAAAAAUAAUUUCGGAGUACAUCCGAAAUACUCUUUUGCUUGUGGUCCUAUGUGUCGGAUGUAUGCCGACGCCAUAUUACUAGUCGUAUAGAAGAAUUCCAUUUUUCGGAGGUGUUCCGAUGCUAUUUCACCACAAGAUGUAGAAGAUUGGAGACGGCGCAUGGGUACCUAUGUAUAUGAAUUAAAAGACGAAUUUCAUAUUUAUUUAAU